AUGACUUUCCAGGAUUCAUAUCUAGGAGUGACAUUUUCAUCAUCAUCUCGUACAUUUAUGGGAUGGUUCAUUGGAUUUGUUUCUAUUUUCAGUUUAAAUUUUAGAAGACCAUUUCAGCUAGCUUUAGCUGAUAAAAAUGCAACCACUAGUUUAUCUGUUUACAGUGGUGGACCGCCGGUUAUCAGACAAGAGGGAAAAAAGUUCAGACAAUACGCUGCCGCACUUUCCGCAACGGUUGGACCGUUCGCCGUGGGUACGGUGUUGGCUUGGAUGUCGCCCGCAUUGCCAAUGCUUCUGUCGGAGAGCUCGAAGAUCAAAGUAACACCCGAUCAAGGAUCAUGGGUGGGUUCUCUGAUCGCCAUCGGUGCCAUUUUUGGGUCUAUACCAGCCGGUAAAUGCGCGGACAUAUUCGGUCGGAAACCCGUCAUCGCCUGCCUCACCAUUCCGUUCAUCACUAGUUGGUCAAUAAUUUACUUCGCGACCGACGUAUGGCAGCUGUACGUAGCACGUCUGAUCGCCGGCUCCUGCCUCGGUGGAAUCACUGCCACCGUCCCGAUGUAUAUCGGCGAGAUAGCUGAAACCUCUAUCAGAGGAGAACUGUGCUCGUACGUCCAGGUGAACGUAACGCUGGGCAUAUUAUAUGUUUAUGCAAUCGGACCGUUCGUGAAUUACUAUUGGCUGGCCAUUAUGUGCGGUAUACUACCGUUGAUCUGGUGCAUCCUGGUUAUAUUGGUACUACCGGAAUCGCCUACGUACCUUUUGAAAUGUGGCAGGAAGGAGGAUGCGGAAAAAUCGUUGGUGUUGUUGCGCGGGAAAGACUACAACAUUUCCGGCGAGAUGAGUAUAUUGCAACAGCACAUCGAGGAGUCGAAAAAAUACACCGGAACUUUCAAGGAUAUGAUAUCAUCCAGGGCCACGAUCCGAGCGGCAAUAACCGUUUUAGGGCUGCUCAACUUCCUGUCGUGUUCGGGCAUAAACGUGGUAAUAUUCUAUGCGCAGUCAAUAUUCGAGAACAGCAACUGCAGCGUAUCUCCAAAGGUCUGCUCUAUCAUCAUCGGAGUCUUUCAAGUCAUAUUCACAUUCGCGUCCUCGCAACUGGUGGACAGGGCCGGUCGGCGGGUACUAUUGCUGAUAUCGGACUCCGUCAUGGCCGUAUGUCUCGGCACUCUGGCCUAUUACUUCUGGCUGCAGGAGCACGGCGUUGACGUGUCAUCGUUUAGCCUGAUACCUCUGAUCAGUCUGGGCGUGUACGUCAGUACGUUCGCACUGGGAUUCGGACCCAUACCGGGCGUUAUGAUCGGCGAGUUGUUCAGUCCGGAAUUCAAGGGGUUGGCAAUCGGCAUCGUGUGCGUGCUCGCGUCGUUGAUCGAGUUCUGCGUCGUCAAAACGUACCAGACACUGUUGAACUACUGCGACCACGGUAUCACGUUCGCCAUAUUCGCCGGGUUUUGCGUACUAGGUACCAUGUUUGUGUGGUUCCUAGUGCCGGAGACGAAAAACAAGACUCUCCAGGAGAUCCAGGAGGAGCUCUCCGGCAAGAAAAAACCUAAAGUGCGGAACGCGGACCAGUCGCAGGACGCGACGGGAUCGUAG